AGACGAACAAAAAACAGAAACAGGCACAGAGGAGAGAGGAGACAGGGAGAGGUGAAAGACUGGAAUAAAAAUAAAAAAUCAACAGGUGCAGCGAGGAUAAAGCGGUGUUCCUGCAUCCAGUGCUGACUAGACGGGCGGACAUCAGGAGACAGAGAGGAAAAGACAGAAAGAGAAAGAAAAAUGGCCGAGGCCCCGAAGAUUGAACUCUUCAUUAAGGCCAGUGACGAUGGGGAGAGUGUGGGGAACUGUCCUUUCUGUCAGAGACUCUUCAUGAUUCUUUGGCUAAAAGGGGCCAACUUUACCCUCACGACUGUGGACAUGAAGAGGGCACCUGAUCAGUUGAAGGCUCUGGCUCCAGGCUCUCAGCCUCCCUUCCUUAUCUAUAAUGGUGAGGUCAAGACGGACACUAACAAGAUUGAGGAGUUCCUGGAGGAGACCUUAGCCCCGCCACAGUAUCCAAAAUUGUGCUGUCGAUACAAAGAGUCCAACGGUGCCGGAGAAGACAUCUUCCAAAAGUUCUCAGCAUAUGUAAAGAAUCCCAGACCUGAAUUCAAUGAAAUGCAGGAGAAGAAGUUUCUUUCAUCUCUGGUGAAGCUGAACUGGUACCUGGAGACGCCUCUCCCUCAUGAGCUGGACCAGAAGCCCAAUGCCACUGUGUCUUCACGCCUCUACCUGGAUGGUGACUCCCUCACCUUGGCAGACUGCAACUUGCUUCCCAAACUCAACAUUGUCAAGGUGGUGUGUAAGAAGUACCGUGACUUUGACAUCCCCACAGAGCUGAAAGGUCUGACGCGUUACCUGGACAAUGCCUACAAACAAGAUGAGUUUCGUUACACGUGCCCAAAUGACUCAGAGAUCCUAAUUGCCUACCAUGCUGUGGCAAAGUACCUAAAUAAAAUAAAACAAUGAGAGUGUAAGUGGGAAUAAAGAAGAAUAGAGUGAGAAAUGUGGAGAAAGAACAGAGAAUAGGUGACAAAAUGCCUAAAAACUGUACAUGAUUUAUAUUUUAUUAAGGCCAAAAUAAGAGGCUGGAUGAUAAAAAAAAAUUGUUUGCAGUGGCAUGAUCAAUAAUUAGCUUUCUAUAAAGAAGUAUUCUUGUUUUCAUCAGUUGGGUUUGAAUACAUCAGUUGGGUUAAACUACUUCUAAGUCGCUUGAAAUGUGUAUUUAGACGCACUGUACGUAUUGUUGCAUGCGCUGAUUGUACUGACGUGGAUUUCUUUUUUAGCCCCAGUAAGAAUGAGAAAGCACUGUAAAUCCCAGAUAAUAUUUAUGUUAUGUCUCACUUUGCAUGCAUGUGUUGUGUCUAAGCAUUUAUGCUAUGUUGAUUGCUAUAUUUUAAUAAGUACAUCUUGACGUGAAAUCAGAUGCAAUUUUAAAUCAGAUGUUAUAUAUUCAGAAAAUUACGAGUGUAAACAUAAAAAAAAAAUGGCCUUGGCUAUAGAUAAGACAAACUGUAAAGUUGCUCUGUGCUUUUAAAGUGUAUGGACAUCCCUAAUGAUUAUUCAUAGUCCGUCCUCUUCAAUUAUUUGUUUGUUUGUUUGUGUCUCUGUGUGUAAAUGACUGCAUGUAGUGACUCAGUUAUGUUUAACUUUGACAUAGACAAAGACUAAUAUUUUGAUGUGGUAACUAUUAAAGACUACGUGAACAAG